GGCGCUGUCUCUGCCUCUGCGUCUCGGGAUGCCGUCGCCGCCGCUGCUCCGCUCUCUGCUCCGCUGCAAGACCCUGGUCACGCUGGCCGGCGCCCCGCUCGCUCUCCUGCCGCUGCCGCUUCUCGUGCCCACCCAGGUCAGUCAGUUCGGCCGACCAGCCAGCCAGCCUGCCUAGUGGGCAGAGCGAGGUCUCUCUCCUGGCCAAGCGAAGGGGCGCCCCCCUUCCGCCAGUUCCUCUUGGGGUGGCACGUCGAGCCUCCCCGGGCAGGAGCAGUCUACCGCCCAGGACCAGCUUUUGGCCUGGCGCUGCCUCCGGCCCGGGCUGGCGCUUCUCUGCUGCUACUGCCGGGGCCAGGCAUAAGCGUCGCCUCGGCGGGAGAAGCCAAGCCACGCCAGGUCCAAACGGAGCCUCUCCAGAGGCCGCGGGGAUGUCCUUUUUGCAAUCGCGCCUCCCGUCUCUUUCCUCGGGGGCGUCCUGGGGGUCCCCCAGAGGGCCUCUUCUGCCGACUACCAGCAGCGCCCCCUCCCCACUCGGGCUCCCUUAGCAUCCUGCCUCCGACAGCGGAGGGAAGACCUGAUCCUCUCCCUCCCAGAGUGUCCAAACCCUCCGCCUCUUUGAGGGUAUUGAAGACUCGGGAGGGAGGGGGAAACCUCCUCAAGAGAAGCCCCCGCCGCAAGAACAUGCGAGAGAGGGAGCGGAGGGGGACUGGGUGCCUGAAGAGGGAGCUGGCAGUCACCAUCACCGCCACCUAUAGGAGCAAAAAGGAUUCAGACAAACCCAAUGGAACCUCCAUGUCUAGGCAGCGUAUACCUGUAAAUGCUAGACACACCAGAGUUUUUUGGGGGGCUCGGUUUGUGGGCUUCCCGGAGGCACUUGGCAAACAGGACGUUUGUUGUUUAGUCGUUUAGUCGUGUCCGACUCUUCAUGACCCCAUGGUAGCCCUAAGCAAUUUCUGUGCUGAGGGACAAGCACUCUGCAUAUAAGCAGAGAGACAUUCGAUUCAUUUCUGGGUACAUGUCCCGGUCCGAGCACUGACCCGAUUCAAAUCUGUUUCUGGCUCUAAUGUAAGGUUACCAGAUGUCCCCGUUUCCUGGGGACAGUCCCCGGAUUUACAAAUCAGUCCCCAUACAAAAUCCUGUCAUUCCUGCUGAAGCUGAAAAGUGUCCCUGGAUUCAUUGAAAAAAAUAUUGUAACCUUACUCUAAUGCUCAGUAGCAAGCGGGGAUGGGGUUAUGGAGAAAGAAAAAGAUUUUCGGUGUGGUUUUGAAAGUGGAAAUCUCAGCACCAGCCCUGAACGGAGCCCUGUCAACUGGAAGGAGGAGCGCCAGUCCCAGCUCCAGAUGGGCACCUUGAGAGGGGGCCGCCCCCGCUGAGCCUCCAGCUCCGCCCCCAUUGGUGGUUUUUCAACAGAGCUCAGAUGGCCAUCUGUCAGGGAUUCUUUAGUUGAGAUUCCUGCAUUGCAGUGGGUGGGCCAGAUGACCCUUGGGGACCCUUCCAACUCUCCAAUUCUAAGAUUCUAAGGAAAGAGUUACACAGAUGCAUCCGGCACGCGCUUCAAGAGCUGCCCAGGAGGGUGGCAAGCUGUGUGCCCAGCGGGGAGCGGAUUCUGCCUGCGUUCCCCACAAUGCUCCUUGUGUCCUGUGGGGCGCUGGGCAGCCUGAACCGACCAACAAUGUCUGCACAGGCAACUCUACUAAAUCUCUAAAUCUCGUCCAUCCCAUUGACAGAUGCAGCUUUCGAACUGUGUCGCCAGCAGUUCCCCCAGUGCUUUCACGAUUCCAAUAUUCUAUUUAUCUGCGCAAGCCGAGAAGGUGUCCCUCCUUUCGUUUCUUCUAGACUGCAGCUGCAGUUAAUUUCUAAGCCUGGUUGUAUUCUUGAACUUUAAAGAAAUGAUUUACUCCAAGCGGGUCAGGAGGGCAUUGGCUGGUGCUGGGUGGAAGGAUGCAAGCUGAUCCAGGAUGCUGAGGGCACCAGGUGCUUCUUCAGGCAGAGCGAGGGCGUGGGAGGUCACCCUGGACAUUUGGACAUUUCCCCUUUGCCCAUAUUAGGUCGUGAUGGCGGGCCUGGGAGGCGGGAGAGGGCAGGACCCAGGCACCAAAGGGUUAAAGUGGCCAGAAACAUUAGGAAGGACCUCCUGACUGUCCAAGCUGCUCAACACCUACUCCAAGACUGCUUGGGAAGGUAAUGGGCUCUCCUUGCUUAGAAGCUUCAGGGAUGCUCUGGCAGUGUGGGUUAAUAUAUAUAUAUAUGACUCAACUAUACAGCUGCAAAUAUUUUACAUGCAUUAUACAAAUGUGACACUAGAUGGCGAUGGUGAGCUAAUGGCAAAUUCAAUAUAUAUUUUUAAAUGUUUUUUAAAAAAGCAUUUUCACUGUGUGUUUUAAAAAUAUAUAUGUCCAGAUUGAGCCAGAGAGAUGCUUAGAACUUACAAGCUUCCUUGGUCUCCCUAUCUGUACUGUACAUGUCUGGCUUUUUUGUUUCUUUAAAGGUGUGCUAAAAUAUUGCUGUCUUGUCAUGCUCGCUUCACUCCAUGGCGGGACAUUUGCAGUCGUUCUGGACCCCUUGACGCUCUCCCUCCCAACUUUCAGAUAAAAGGAAGCCCUUCUUCAUGCAGUGCAGAGUUAAAUUAUGGAACUCCUGCCCACAGGAGGCAGUGAUGGCUACCAGCUUGGAUGGCCCUAAAGAGGAUUAGAAACGUUUAUGGAGGAGAAGGCUAUUGAUGGCUGCUAGCCAUGAUGGCCAUGCUCUGCCUUCCACAGUUGGAGGCAGCAGUGCUUCUGAAUACCAGCUUCUGGGAACUGCAGGAGGGGAGAGGGCUCUUGUGUUCGAAUUCUGCUUGAGGGCUUUCCAUUGGGGCACCUGGCUGGGUCACUGUGAGAACAGGAGGCUGGACUAGAUGGGGCCCCCUGGCCUCAUUCUGCAGCCAGGCACUUUUGAUGUGCUUCUGGGAGGUGGAUGGGCAUCUCCUAAGAAUUCCCUUCACUCUUCUCAAACUACAGUUCCCAGGAUUCUUUGAGGGAAGCCAUGUCUGUUAACAGCAGUAGAAAAUCGAUCUAAAUGUGGAGGGUGGCUGAAGCCAUGUUACAGGGAACCAGGCAGAGGGCCUUCUCGGUAGUGGCACCCACCCUGUGGAACGCCCUCCCACCAGAUAUCAAAGAGGACAACAACUACCAAACUUUUAGAAGACAUCUGAAGGCAGCCCUGUUUAGGGAAGCUUUUAAUGUUUAAUAGGUUAUUGUAUUUUAGUGUUUUGUUGGAAGCCACCCAGAGUGGCUGGGGAAACCCAGCCAGAUGGGUGGGGUAUACAUAAUAAAUUAUUAUUAUUAUUAUUAUUAUUAUUAUUAUUAGUUAUUGUACAAUAAAUAGACCACCUGCCCCAUGCAAACAGGUCUGGACCAAUGUGAAAUUUGACACACACACCCCGCUUCUUUUUUUCUUUUUUAAGAGGCGUCUUGUGGGUGAGCAGGUCUGUUGGUUGCCCUGUGUUCUGGCAAACAGUCAUUUUGGGCACAAUCAAAUGGAGAGGCAAUGAGGUGUUUGCCCCAAAGAUCCCCUGUUGACAGGACGUUAAUUGCCCCGUCUUCCCACAGGAAAAUUGACUUGACAAAUUCUAGGCCAUUUCAGCCUCUCAUUAGCAGUUUGAUCUGGCCUGUUUACGCAACAUUAAUCCAGAGAGUCUGGCUUGUGGUUGCCGUAAUUGUGGUUUGGUGGAAAUUCAUCCAAUUACGGACUGUCAGAGGAGUGAUUAACUCUCCUGCAUUGUGGUAGUUGUAAAUUUUUAUGCGGGGGACUUUUUGGUUCUAGUGACACCCCUAUCCUUGCUCUUGGAGUCACUGAAUGAGUGUGGGUCUCUUUCCCCCUCCCUCCCUCCCACCAGCCAGUACACUCAGCUCCUUUUCUGCCUGUGCAAAUUGAAUUCAGUGUGCACCUAAAGGCAGCCUCACCUAAUUCUAGUUUUCUGAAACAAUUCACAAACUGAAACACAGAACCCGCUUUCAACAUGUGCACCUCUGAAUUUUGCAAUGUACCAGUUCUCCAGCCAUUAUAUUAGGGGAAAUUGUUCUGCAAAAUAUUAGGCACCACUGCAUACCAAAAUGUGUAUAUUUUGAUAUAAUAACACUUAAUGCUGAUGAAUUUUAAGGAGGACUUUAAAAAAAAUGAAAAUUGCAAACUGAUGUGGCAGUGUGGAGAACUGAAGAGUGGAAAAUGAGCUGAAAUGGCAGGUUCUCCCAUGCCUCCUGAAUCUGCAAGGAGCCUGCUCUUUUUUGCACUGAUUUCUGAAUCAGGCCAGAGCCGGCGCCGCCAUUAGGCAGAGUGAGGCAGUGGCCUCAGGAGGCAGAUUCUAGGGAGCAGGGAACAGCAACCAAAUGUCAGAAGGCAGAAUGUUGUGUGUGGCACAGGAUCUUCUCCCCUGGAUGUCAGCAACGUGGGCUCCCAGAGCACAGGGGAUGAGUUAGACUCAGAGAGUGAAUUAAGUGAAUGAAGGACUGGCUCUGUAGAUGAGAUGAGAAUUGACUGUCAGAGUUGAGAAAGGGCAGUUAGACCCGCCCCCCUUGCUAGGGAAGACUCUAUUAGCUCUCAUGGAGAGGAAGAGUUGGAAGGCAGCCAGAGUGCUGCUAGGCAAUCAGCAGAUAAGCAGAGGUCUGAGUCCGGGUCAAGUGAGAGUGAGGAGUGGGGUGGUCAGCUGUCCUUGAUCCAGGCAUCUGGAUAAAAUCAGAUGGCAUCUCCAGGUGGGAUGGGGAGAAACUCCCUGCUGGAACCCCUGGAGAGCAGCUGCUGCCAGUCAGUGUGGGCAAUGCUGAGCUAGCUGGAUCAAUGUUCCUACAAACUUCAAGUCUUAGUGUCUUGGGCCUUUUGAAAAAAGAAUCCCCCAACGUGUUCAGUACCACAACAGCUGUGGGCAGGCAGUUAUUUGGAGAGCGGGGCUGGCAGCGAACCCAGGAACACACAGGCAAAGGUUUACGAAGACCAGUGAUUUCAUCAAUCAAGCCUCUUCCUGGCAAAUCUGGGAAACUGGAAUGGAUGUCCAGUUCCCAAAAUGUGGGGUGCACCAGUUCAACCCAUCCCAGUGUCUCCUGAGGAGGCUGAGUCUCUGGUCCAGCCGUUCGGGCAAGGAGGGUUCCUGGGCCCUGAGGCAUUCCUGCUUGUGUCUGCAUUAGAGGAGGAUGGAAUAGAGGAUGCUUUGAGUCUCUCCUAAUCAUACAAUUCUACAGUUCUGUGAGUCUGUGAUCAUUGGGCCUGAUGGAACUCUCCCUCCCUCCCUCUCUCUUUUCCCUCCUUGCAGGAGGCCAGGUGUGGCUAUGUGAUCAUCCUCAUGGCUGUGUACUGGUGCACAGAGGUGAUCCCUUUGGCAGUCACCGCCCUCCUGCCUGUCAUCCUGUUCCCGAUGUUUGGCAUCCUGGAGUCCAAAAGGGUAAGUCUCAAGGGCAGCAGAGGACAGGCGUCCUGCAAGGAAAGUUCUAAUUCUUCCUCUUCUACUGCCUGGAACCUGGAAGCUUUUUUGAGAUUGAGCAAAAUCCAACAACUGAGCUCAGGAAGUCAGAGGACAACAGGGAGGAAGGGCAGGAGCAGAAUUAGACCUAUAUAUACGGCCAGGUUAGCACUUGAAUGGGGCAGAAGAACCAAGAGGGAGGCUGGGGACUGGAUUGGGCCCUGAAAAAUACAAGCUGAGCCACCGUGCAAGCAGGGGCCAUCCUGGGAAGGGAAAUGUACUCUGUGCAUGCCCAGAGGUGACUGCAAGGACUAUAGGCAUUCCAGACCUCAAACAAGCCCUGAUGCCAGAGUACAGAGGGUGGGUGUUGGGAGAGGGGGGGAGGGAGCCCUCCCCAGAGAGGCAGGGAGUCGGGGAAGGCAGCCAAGCCAGCCACCAUGAAGCUGCACCAUCUGUGACAACAGUGGCCAAAAGUGACCAAGAGUUAUGCCUCCUUCAUUUCCCUGCUGACUUCCCAGGUGUGCAUGCAGUACCUGAAAGACACCAACAUGCUCUUUGUGGGGGGCCUGAUCGUGGCCGUCGCUGUGGAACACUGGAACCUGCACAAACGGAUUGCCCUGAGGGUGCUGCUGAUUGUCGGGGUGAAACCUGCCCUGUAAGUGACUCCUGUCUAACCACCCCAACAUCCCAAGGGAAACCAGGUGGGGUAAUGGCUGAGCUUCUAAUGCAGUGUGUGUGUGUGUGUGUGUGUGUGUGUGUGUGUGUCUGUGUCGGGUUAUACUGGGUCAGAGCCGGAGGCUUACAUGUAACACUCGUCACAUGCUCAGAGGGCCUCCUUUCACAGCUGCUGUUUGGGCAUGCGGACCAGUACAUUGUCCCAGGAGGCACACCCUCCCAUUUAUCAUUUAUCCGUUUCACAAAAUUUAUACAACUCUUGAUAGUUUUUUUUUUCUUUUUUAAAGAAACAUCAAAGUGAUUUGCAUAAAAGUCAAAGCAAUGAAAUUAAAAUUAAGGAAAAAAUAACAGCAAUAGUUUCAGGCUUUUGAGAAGUUAAAAUAACAAUAGACUAAAAACGGAUGUAAAAAUUGCAUUGGCUUUCUAAGCAUGGCAUAGGCUUGCCAUGUGUGCUGCCAGAUUUGUGGACCCACCUUUGAGGGUGGGGGGCAGCUUCAGCUGAGCUCUACAGGGGAGCCUAUCCAGCACAAAACCCCUGCCGCAGCCAGGUUGCCCUUUCCUGGCUCUGGGGGGAAACCUGCAUGAUUUUUCCCAACCUAUCCACCCAAGCUCAGAUGUAUGUGUUGUUUUUGGUGAGUGGGUGGGAGUCAAGGUAUUUAAAUGUCCUUUGCUUGGUCACCUGGGGCCGAUCUUCGGUCACCCCAAGCGACCACCUGGCCAGCUUCCUUCUCUCCUCCCCGCCUGCCUCUGUCCUCCUUGCAGGCUGAUGUUGGGCUUCAUGGGGGUCACAGCCUUCCUUUCCAUGUGGAUCAGCAACACGGCCACCACCGCCAUGAUGGUUCCCAUAGUCCAGGCGGUCCUGGACCAGAUGAACAGCUCUGAGCAGGAUCUGGCCGUCAUGGAGUCUGCAGCUGCUGGGCAGCACAGCAACCCCAAGGGUGAACUGGAAGGGAAGGUGGCUGCCUUGGGGGUCUCCACAGUGCAGGGUAAGUGGGCGACGGCUGCAAGGAAUCGUGGGGCGGUGGGGGCGGGGAGCAAUGGUUAAAAAAUAAAUAAAAUUUCUCAACCUCAUUGUCAAGGCUUCAGGGAAUCCUAUCCGUCUCACGGUGGGAUGCCAAGAAGUGGAAAAACAAGAAGAGUUCUUACCAUGUAGUUUAUUCAAUAUUCACAGAGAGAGACGAAGGAACGCGGUCUCUCUUAGUUAAUGGCGUUGCUCCCAGUAAAGUCCCACUCCCUCAGUCCCUCCUAUUCUACGUCACCCCAGCUCCAGCUGAUCUGUAUUUUCUGCCUCUGAGUUUUCUGUUCUAUUACUCUCAAGGCAUGCCUUGUUCUGGGAGAUGGGGGGUCAGGAAUGCUUUCAAGAGACACUGAGUCUGUUAGCUGUCUCUCCCCUGGUGUUUCUUCUUCCUGCUGCCCCCCCCCAAUAUUUCCCAGCUCCUCCCCUCUGCAGCCUCUGAACUAUGACCUUCUGCAAACCACUGUUUUAAAUCUACACUGUCCUCCUCUUUUCUGGAAGGUGUAGGAAAAGGGGAGGACUGUUCCCACCAUUCCUCCUCAGUCCAGCCCCUGACAUUCAUGUGGAAUUCUCAGCAUUAGAUUUUUAAAAAUCAUUUAUUUCACAUGUUUAUUAACCGUCGCAUGGUCUAAGGCCAUCAGAGGAGUGCAGAAGACUAAACUGAAUUGAAAUCCAGAAUUGACUCCAACUCAAAAGAGCAGACCUCUUGAAAGUAUGAAGAUCAGAAGAUCCUGCUGGAUCAGACCAGUGGCCCAUCUUGUCCAGCAUCCUGUUCUCACAGGGGGGAACCAGAUGUCCAUUAUGAAAAACCUGCAAGCAGGACCUGAGCACAAGAGCACUUCCCCCCUCCCGCCAUUUCCAGCAGCUGGUAUUCAGAAGCAUUGCUGCCUCCAACUGUGGAUGCCAGAGCACAGUCACUAUGGCUCAUAGCAGCCUCCAGACAGCUGCUAAUUGCCAUUGAUAGCCCUCUCCCGCAUGCAUCAGAAAUUAGCAUUAUUUAGCCAUGUCUAUCAGUUUCAGUGGGUCUGCUGAGUAGGGCAAACACUGCCUACAGCCCGACAAUUCUAAAAAGAGCAAAAGCCAUGUCUGCGAGUUCUAAGCAUGGUUAAAAGCAUUCCCAUGAAUUCUAAAAACGACAGGCACUUCUGAACUGCCCCCAUUUCCCGCCGGAAUUCAAUCCCAUAAUAACCGGCAAAUUGCAGGUUGUGCAAUUCCAACUGAUUGGCAGCUCUUGUGCCACAAACCUGCAUCCCCUGAAGAAGGAGGUUUUUCCUGCAAUAAGGGAAGUGAUGGGAAAAUGGCCCGGAAAGUUUGCUUUGAUGCAACCGUCUCCUCCGUCAACAAAUCGGAGUGAAGGCUCAGCUCAGCAGCCAACAUUGUCUAAUCUCUCUGCAAAGAAAUCAGGAUGAGCACUCUUUAAAGAGGACAAGUGGGAGCUACCUGGAGAGGCCAAGGAUGGAAGGAGAGGCUACCUGUACAUGAAACAGCUAGCAGUCUUGUGAUGCAUAGGGGCAGCUACUAGUUUUCAUCUGGUUUUUUUAUUAUUUAAAAAAGGAGUAGACAAAUCUAUUCGCCAUGACAGCUGAAAGGGCCUCCGUGUCAAUACCAGAUACUGCAGGCAGGUAAAAGGAGUAGACUUCCAUGUUCACAUCCCUCCUCAUGACCAGGGACCUAACUCCACAUUCUGCACCCAUGUCAAGAGAUUUUUUUUAAUAAAAAAAAUGCAAUCCUUAGCAUAGGAGGAGCUGAUUUACAGAAUACUACUGAUAACAGUUUUAAUAAAUUUUAGAAAGCCAAUGCAAGUUUUAAUCUGUUUUCAGCCUGUGGUUUUUGAAAGCUUUGAAUGGUUAUCUUGCUGAUAAUUUUUAUUGUUUUUAUCAUUUUUGUAAACUGCUUUGAGGCUUAAAAAACAACAACAACUGCAAUCAAGCGGUAUAGCAUACUUUUUAUGAAAUAAAUAAAUAAUAAAAUGCAUAUGCCAGACUUCUUCCGAGAAAUACACAGCUCAUUUUGCCCUCUGGGGUAGAUUAGGCUGAGAGGAAGAGACUAGCCCCACAAAGUCACCCAGUGAGCUUUGUGUGGCUGAGUAAGGAUUCGAACUCUGUCCUCCCAGGUCCUCCUAGUCCAACACUCCCAAGUGCUGCUCCAUAUUGCAAGGAGAGGCUUAGCCCUUUCUUCCCCAGCCACAAUCUCAAUAAGAGAGUCAGCUCCUCCCAUGCAGCAAUCGGCGAUAGGAAAAAGCUUCUCAGAGUGCCAGCAGGGACCCUUACGUUAGCAGACUUUACUGCCUCUGUAUCUUGAUUUUCAUCAGGUUCAUGGCUGCAGAAGGGAAGGGUUAAACCUUCCCCUCCAAGUGCAAAAUAAAAUAAAAUAAUAAUAAUCAGCCCCAAGGAUUUUUAUUUUUUUUCAUGCCCCUAAUGUGAACCACACAAUUAACAGUAACUCUCUGUAGUUUUCUCUUCCAGAGGCAGCUGGGCAGCUGGUUAGCUGCUGUCUGGAGGCUGUUAAAAGCCCUAGUGGCUGUGCUCUGCCUCUGCAGUUGGAGACGGCAAUGCUUGUGAAUGCCAAUUGCUGAAAGCCACAGGAAAAGAGAGGGCUUGAAUCCCAAUAGGGGCAACUGGUUGGCCAUUGUGAGAACAGGUUGCUGGACUAGAUGGGCCUCCUUGGGUCUGAUGCAGCAGGGCUCUCCAUAUGUUCUUAUGCUGAACCAGGUGGGUCUCUCCUGAGCCAGUACAGCGCACCACUUGCACCUUGAGGGCUCACUCUGGUCUCUUUCUCCCACCCACCUGGUGUUGCAUUGCAAUCAAAGGCCAAAUCAGCUUUGUCUCCUUCCAGUGAGGCUGCAUUUUAAUGUUGUAUUUUAAUCUUGUUUUUUAAGUUGUAUUUCAAUCAAUUGUUUUUAUAUCUGGUGUUAGCCGCCCUGAGCCCGGUCUUGGCUGGUGAGGGCAGGGUAUAAAUUAUUAUUAUUAUUAUUAUUAUUAGUUGCGGGCAACGGGCACUUGCCAGACAGCUCCAAGAAGGGCGAGAGGGAGACCAAGAAGAGGAUCAACAAAGGGAUGACCCUCUGUGUCUGCUAUGCUGCCAGCAUCGGAGGGACAGCAACCCUGACUGGGACGGGGCCAAACCUGGUCCUCAAAGGUCAGAUGAACCAGUAAGUUUCUGCCGCACCCACAAGAUGACACUCAGCAAAGGCUGGACUCUGCUGUGUGGCUCUUUUAUUGAAACCAAAACGGUGUGGCGUGGUUUUUUCUCUUCUUGGGGUCAUUGGGCUGAAAGGGGGCCUGUGUUUCGUUCAGCCCUCUUGGUCACUUGUUGUGUUACUCCUAAACAAUCCAAGCUGGGGUUCUCCCGGAACAGCCCUCCCCCACCCUGUUCCUGAUGACCUCCACAUUGCUCUCCCUAUCGGUCUAUUCUUCCUUGGUCAGACACCACCAGGAUUUUUGUGUCCAGGUUAAAGGCUGGAUCUAGACACAUCAAGAAAUCAUUUUAGGGAAACGCGUUGUAAACUGCACAAUGGGAAAUCGUGUUGGCAAAAGGCGAGGCUCCGCAGCGCCAUCUAGUGACACGGUGUUAUAACGCAUAUAAAACACUUUUUCUUUGCUCGUGUAGCUGAGUCCUAAGAAGGAUAUUGGCAAGCUGGAAGGUGUGUAGGGAGGGCAGCCAGAAUGAUCCAGGGUCUGGAAACUAAACCUUACAAGGAAAGGUGGAGGGAGCUGGAAUUGUUUAUCCUGGAGAAGAGGAGACUGAGCGGGGAUAUGAGAGCCGUCUUCAGAUAUCUGAAGGGCUGCCACUUGGAUUCAUAGAGUUCUUUGAAUCAUAGUUGGAAGGGGCCUAAGAGUCUUCUAGUCCAACCCGCUGCAAUGCAGGAAUAUUUCACCCAACGUGGGGCUCGAACCAACGACCCUAGGAUCCAGAGUUUCAUGUUCUACCAUUCAGAGCCACACAGAUGGAGCAGGCUUGUUUUCUGCUGCUCCAGAGGGGAGGAUCCAAAACAACAAAUUCAAGUGACAAAAAAGGAGAUUCCAACUCAAAAUUAGGAAGAACUUUCUGAGGAUAGCAACUGGAUCAGGCUCCUUGGAAGCUAGUGGCCUCUCCUUCAAUGGAAGUUUUGAAAGAGAGGUUGGAUCUGUCAGGCAUCCUUUAGUUGUGAUUCCUGCCUUGCUGGGCAGGGGGUCAGACUAGAUGGCCCUUGGGGGAACCCCUUCUGCUCUACACUUCUACUAUUCUGUGAUUCUAGGCUUUUCAACCAUUUCCUCCUCCCCCUCCUCCUCCCAGGUUGUUCCCUGAGAACGGCGACAUCUUGAACUUUGCCUCCUGGUUUGGCUUUGCCUUCCCGAACAUGCUCCUGAUGCUGACGCUCGCUUGGUUCUGGCUCCAGGUCUCCUUCAUGGGCUUCAAGUAAGGACUCUGCACCUUUGGGUGGGCUGGUGGAUAAGGUGGCCCUGCUUUGUCCGGGGCUGGGGCACCUGUGGCAGCCCUCAGCCAUCCAGAUCUUCCUGGACUCCUUGUCCCUGACCUCUGGCCUGGCUGGCUGCUUCUGGGCCUUGCUGGGAAUCCAGCAAACAGAAGACCAUCAGAAGAGCCCUGCUGGAUCAGGCCUAUGACCCAUCUUGUCCAGCAUCCUGUGGCCAACCAGAUGCCCCAAUGGGAAACUGGCAGAAAGAACCUGAGCACAUGAAUCCUCUCCCCACUGGUGGUUUCCUGCAACUCGUAAAUUCAUGGAGGAGAGGGAAAUUGAAGGCUAUUAGCCAUAGUGGCUAAAAGCCUUCAGCUGCUUUUCACCCUAAAGGGGCCUCAUUGCGUAAACAUAAAAACACACUCCCAUCAAUGCGCUUUCCCCAUUGCGCCUCUCUGAAGGGCCAGUAGUGGUGUAGAGGUUAGAGGGCCAACUAAGGUGGGAGAGACUAGGGUUCAAAUCCGCCCCCCCACUUGGCCAUGAAGCUCACUGUGGGCCAGUCACUGUCUCUCAGUUUAACCUACCUUGCAAGGGUGUUGUGAGAGUGGCAGGGAAGAGCCAUGUAAGCCGCCUAGAGCUCAUUGGAGAAACAAGUACAUUUCCCUGAUCGUGGCUGCUCUGCCCCGCCACCUGCGGCUUUGCUUUGACCACGACUUGCGCCAGCCCAGCUUGGCUCUCUCCGGGAGCCUCCAGCACCUCUCGUGAAUGCCUGUUCCUGGUGUUUCUGCAUUCAGAUCUUUCUCCCCCUCUGGGUGUCCUGUUGAGCUCACAGCCAGCCCGCCACAGACAGCAAACACAAAUGUGCCGUGUUCCCAAGUUGCGCCUGGUGCCCAGCUGUGGGACCCUCUCCUCCCCUCCCUCCCUCCUUGCUGAGUCCCCCAGGUUGCAACCCAAAAGGUCAGCCUGCUAGAGUGGUUACCUGGCAGUCUACCUGGCCCCCUGCCUUGACCACCCUGCUCUUUCUCUCCAGCUUCCGGAAGACCUGGGGCUGUGGGACCCAGAGGACGGAAAAGGAGCAGGCCGCCUUGCGGGUGCUGAAAGAGGAGCACCGGAAACUGGGGCCCAUCUCCUUUGCAGAGUUCAACGUGCUGCUGGCGUUCACCCUCCUCAUCCUCCUCUGGUUCACCAGGGACCCUGGAUUCAUCCCCGGUUGGGCCACCACCCUCUUCAACAAGGACAAGGAGUGCGUGGGCUUUGUUCUUCCUCUUGCUAGCCAUUUUGCAGACCAGUGAUGCUAUCUGUGUGGUGUUUUGUAUUUGGGGGGGGUUCCCCGAUAGCACCAGGCUUAGGGCACUCAGGAUUGCUUGCAGCGAAGAGUCUCCUUCUCCUUGUGCCAGCCUGUUCCAGGUUCGAAUCCCUGCUUGGCUGGGAGACUCUGGGAGCAGCCUGGAAGAAAUCUUGCUUGUGCAGGAAAUUUGGGAGGUUAAAUGGGAGAAUCUGAGCACCUUGGAGGAACCCAAGAAGAGCCCUGUUGGAUUAGGCCAAUGGUCCCUCACAGUGGCCAGGUACCCCUAAAAGCCUAGGGAUUGAGAUAGGCUGCACCUGCACCUGGAGGUUCCAUCAAAACCUUUUUCUGUGCCAUGCAUAAUUUCACAAACUGCUAUCAUGUUGCCUCUUACUCGCUUUAUCUCUAAACUAAAAAGUCCCAACUGUUCUUUAUAAGGGAGUUGCUCCAUCCCUUUGAUCCUUUGGGUUGCCCUUUUCCAACUCUGCAAUAUCCUUUUUGAAAGGACUCCUGGGAGAGGCCCAGAGAGGGAUGCAGCAAGGAGGGUGUUCAUAUUUCUCCUGGGAGCUCAUGUUCCCUCCGGGGUGUGUGGGGGGUGUGUGUGUGUGUGCUGCUGGCUGGAGGUUUGAGGCAUUCAACUGGCUGACCUGUUGCUUUUGGGACUGAGCAAGGGGAAUGGGACACUGCUGCCACCUCCUCAUUCUUCAUCUUCCCAAACGUGUCCCAGGUAUGUGACGGAUGCCACUGUGGCCAUCUUCGUGGCCUUUCUCCUGUUCAUCCUUCCUGCCACCAGGCCCAGGUGUGGCUUCUGCAGUCAUAGCAGCUGCGACCUAGAAGAGGCGGAGGAAGGUAAAGGAAGGCGGAGACCCCCGCAGGGCCUUUGAGGAGGCUGGUCAAAAGAGACAGUCCAGGAGGGGCGUGCUGGGUUCUGCCAGUAUUUCAUAGCAUUGUAGGGUUGGAAGGGACCCCCAAAGGUCAUCCAGUCCAACCCCCUGCAACGCAGGAAUCCCUGGCAGGUGGCCAUUCAACUUCUGCUUAAAAACCUCCCAGGGAGUAGAGUCAGCUACCUUCUUCCCCUAUUCAACAGCUCCUACCCUAUAAAGUUAUUCUGUGUGACCCUUGCCAUGGCAUCCAGCCUGCUGGCAGCCUCCUGCUGGUGCCAGCUGCGUGGUAGGUGGGUGGGUGUCCUCACUGGCCCCUGCUUUGCCUCCCCCCUCACACCCAACUUCUCUUGGACUCUCUCCGCAGCUAUGAAGGAGCCCUUCUUCCCUGCCCCAUUGCUGAACUGGAAGGUGGUCCAGCAUAAGAUGCCAUGGAGCAUCGUGCUGCUUCUCGGAGGAGGCUUCGCCCUGGCCAAUGGGAGCGACGUAAGUCCUUGGUGGUGGCAGGAGAGGGGGCUGGCUGGUCGUGGGCAUCAGAGAGCUCUGCCAAACCUGGACCUUUGCCACCCAACUUUGGAGGCAUGCGUUUCAUGUGUGGCUCCCACAGAAUAUGUCUCUCUGCGUGUAAAUAAAGGCUGUGGGACAGCUAAAGGGUGCCUCUAGUCACACACAGAGUGCACUGCCCUUUCCUAGUAUGUGAGCUCCUGUAAUGUCAGGAAUUAUGGGAGGGAGCAGGGCCUAUGAACCUCCAGGCAAGUCUUGCGUGUGGCCUCUCUCAUUUUUGGAAAACGUAUUCCGUUCAAAAGCUUGAGCAGGAAGGGAAAGGGAAAUCCUUCCAAACGAUUUACUUAUCUCCCUGUCCUCAUUUAAUCCCCGCAAGAGGUAGGCUAGGCUAAGGGGCAGCUCACCCAGUGAACUCCACGGCCGAGCGGAGGGGAUUUGAACCCAGGGCUCUCCCAGGUCCUAGUCCAAUGCUCUAACCACUACAGCUCUAAGGUGGCUGUAGUGAGGCCUCCUCCUGUGUGCUUAAGCCAUGGGGAGUGGGGAAUUUGAGGGGCCUCUGCCUGAGCUGAGCCUGAGCCCCACUGCAGUAGCCGAUCCCCAGUCUCCCUGGCAACACUAGGAGCAUGCCAGGGCUGGCUGUUCUCCAGCUCGGAGGCCACCGUCAAUUGCGCCAAGCGAACCGCAGCGCUGGUGGGGCAGGCUGUGCCCCAUGGCAGAGAAUGGUGCAGUAGGUUGCAGGCCUGUCCUUCCCCGUUUCAUCCAGGGCUCUUGGAAGCGUUUCCCGUGAUGUUGUCGUUUUCCUGGCUUUGGGGUGAUGGGGGGAAUGUACCCUCCACGAUGCCACUUGGCACCAGAGCCCCCUCCUGCCACUGCCAGCUGCAUUCUAGUGUCCCCAGGAGAAGGGAGGACUUGACCUAGUUUCAACUUGCUCGGAAAUGGCUGCAGAUUCUCUCCCUGGUCAUAUUGAGCACCACUCCAAAUGAUAGGUUUAAAUGCAAAAAAACCUCCACCCCGCCAGGCAUUCAGCAGCCCGUCCGGAACAAGCCUCCCUUGUCCUCCCCAGAAGAACUUGGCCUGAGCCAAGCCCUGCCGGGCUCAGACAAAGAGGGUGCUGUGCGCUGCCCAACCUGCUGGCCUCAUCCAUGCAUUGGAAAAGAGGCCUCUUCAGCAGCAGCAGAACAGCAGCGUGCAGGACUUGGCCCUGCUAAGCUGGUUCCUGCUCUAAUCCUUAGAACCAAAUAACUGGCCAGCCAGAGGCCUGGGCAGGCCAGGUCAUCCUCUUAUAUACCUGCUGGGAUUGACAAGGCAUCUGCCCCUCACCUGAAUCUCAUAGCUCUCCUGUAGCUGCCUCUGAUUAGUUAGCAUUUAACUCUUGGGGGAAAUAAUUAGCAUCACACGUCAUGUGCAUGGAAGUUGCCGAACCAAUUAACCAACUAGAAGGAUUUACUGUUAAUAGCACCAGUUUUCCUAUAACUUGAUAUUGCUGGAUUUUGAUGAACUGCAAAAGCAUUUUUAGUUUGCUUUCUGUUGCCACCCUGGAACUUUUAUUUAUUAGCGCCACUUGAUUUUGUACGAUUCCUUGCAAAUGAAGGGGGAAUCGGGAACUGGACCCCCAUUUCUAAUGUGGGGAGGGGCCCCAAUUCGGUAAGACACUCUCUAGCUCAAGAGGAGACCCGCAUGGAUCCCUCCCCUGGGAUGAGGCUCCUCUGUGCAUUGCCGGAGCUGUCUGAAGACAGGAAAUGCUUCUGAAUUGCAGUUGCUGGAAGCUGCAGGAGAGAAGAGAUUUGCUCUUGUGUUCAAAUCUUUAUUGUGGGCUUCCUUUUAAGGCACCUGAUUGCCCCCUGUGAGAACAGGAUGCUGGACCAAAUGGGCCACUAGCCUAACUCAGCAGGGCUUUUCUUAUGGAGGUUUGUUGUGAGAGCAGAACCUCCAUGCCCAGGGAUAGUCUACCUCUGAAUGCCACAUCAUGGGGAACAACAACUGGAGAGUGCUUAUCUGCUUGGGUCCUGCUUGCUGGUUUCCCAUAACUGGUAUCUGGUUGGGCACUGUGAGAACAGAAUACUGGGCUAGAUGGGCCACUGGCCUGAUCCAGCAGGAGUCUUACGCAUUUUGUGGGUUUUGCAAAGCCCUACAUGGGCCCCAAAGGGUUAAGGACACCCCCUCCCUCAGUGGUUGGGCAAAUACAAUAGAUUGUCAGAGAUCACAGCGGUGGUCUCCGCCCCCCCAAUAUUGUCAUGGACUGGCUGGAUACAGGGGAGUGGUGGGAGGCUCCAGCUGGGAAACCUCUAAGGGAACCCCUAGGGGAAGAAGGAACAGAUGGUGUUGGGAUGCCGAGGAGCGUCAGAGGGAGAAGAGGAAGCAGACUGGGAGGAGGAGGUGUUGGAAGCAGAAGAGGCAACAGGGUUUGGUGAGCAGGAAGAGGCUGUGGCAGAGAGCAGUCCGGACUCAGAGGCAGAAGAGGAGGCUGGAGAGGAGGAGGGCCAAGAGGCAGAGAUGAAUCAAGCUGCUGAAGAAGCCAGGGAGUCUCCCCCUCCUGCUGCGACCAGCUCCCCUCCCCACUGGUCUCCUAGAACACACGGAGACAUGAAAAGAGCAGAGCAGAGAUUGGUUGUGUGCAGGCGCAGUCUAAGACUACUUGGGAAGUCAGGGAGAGGAGGAGACUUAGAAGGUGGUGGGAGGCAGGGGCCUUCAGCUCUCACAACUCCCUUGCUGGAGCAGGACCUACUGGGAAGAGCUACUGGGAUCUGCUUUGGUUUCUUGAAUACAAAGUUACCGUAACUUCACUGACACCAUGUUUUGUUUUGAUCGCUGACCAACGCUUGACUUCAGCACCGGACAAUAUUCUCUUUCUCUGCUCCUGCCCCACAACUCCAGGCUUCAGGGCUUUCCAAAUGGCUGGGUGACCAGAUGACCCCUCUGCACAGCAUCCCCCCCUGGGCCAUCGCCAUCAUCCUCUCCCUAGUCAUCGCCAUCUUCACCGAAUGCACCAGCAACGUGGCCACCGCAACCCUCUUCCUGCCAGUCUUCGCCUCCUUGGUAAGGGAGCUUUCCUCCUUACUGAUUUUUAUUCCUCGUUGACAACCCUCAACCCGGCUUGUAAGGAUUAAAACAAGGGAAACCAAGGCGGAAUGGAGGCUUCCGGCCUCCCGCACACUGAUGGCCAGCCAGGGUUCCAGCAAGGUUCACAUUUAGGUCUCUGCCCCGCAAGCAUACAGUUGUUUGUCCGGCAAAUUUGAUUAGAAAGCCUGGAAAAGAGGAGAUAGGAGAGCCAUCUUCAAAUAUCACCUGGAGGAUGGAGCAGACCUGUUUUCUGCUGCUCCAGAGGGGAGGACCCAAUCCAACGGAUUCAAAUGACUCGAAAGGAGAUUCCGACUAAACUCUAGGAAUGACUUUCUGAUGCAAAGAGCUGUUUGAUGGUGGAAAGGACUCUCUCAGGAGUUGGUGGGUUUUCCUUCUUGGGAGGUUUUCAAGCAGAGGUUGAAGGACCACCUGUCAGGGGUGAUUUAGUUGUGACUCCUGCACUGAGGGCAGUUUUGACGAGAUGACGCCGGGGUCCCUUCCAGCUCCAUGAUUCUCUGCUCUCUUUCUCUCCAGUCGCAGUCCAUCGAGGUCAACCCCCUCUACAUCAUGAUUCCCUGCACCCUCAGCGCCUCGUUUGCCUUCAUGCUACCCGUGGCCACCCCUCCCAAUGCCAUAGUAUUCUCCUACGGACACCUCCGCGUCUCAGACAUGGUAAGGGGGCAGCUUUGCUUUUGCUCAGGCCUCCCCCAGCCUCCCCAAAGGCUGCUCUCUGUGGGUGCUGCUAAGAAGUCAAACCUCUAGAUCAGUGGUUCUCAAAGUGGGAGGUACCACUCCCCUGGGUGACGGGGGUUCCCUGGGGGGGAAGUUUUCAUUUGAUUUUGAACAAAUCAUGGAAUUGUAGAGUUAGAAGGGACCUCCAAGGGCCAUCUAGUCCAACCCCCUGCGGUCAUCUCCGCUGCUUGGCUUAGUCUCCCAGAUUUCUUUUUGUGUGUGUGUGUGUGUGCAAGGAAAGGAAAUAUCUAGGGCAUUUGUACAAUUGAUUGCUACUGUUUUGAAUUUAUUAUCUUCCUUAGUGGGUUACACAAACCGUUAUUCUGAAUAAUGCUUUCUGUAGGGUAGGGGGCACUGGGGAGGUGUUUAUACUUUAUACUUUAUUGUCACUUGUACAAUUUGUAUACAGUGAGAUUGCACGAGUACCUCCCACUCAGCUCUCUUAGUCUUAAAUGUGAAGUAUUGAGAGCUCAAAGCCGCAGCGUAUUAACGCGCCACCAUCUUUUCCAUGGAAAAGUUUCAAUGGAACCAAGUGGGUGAUGUCCCUCCCCCCCAAAAAAGGUUAGGAAACCACUUCUCUAUAUGUUUUGGACUACAACUCCCAUCAGCCUUUGCAGCCAGCACACCAUAUUAGAAUAAAUAAUACUUGCCCACAGGGGUUGAUAGGAACUGUAGCCCAAAACAUUUGGGUUGGGAAAGGCUGCUUUAAGGGACGCUAAUGUCACCUGUCGAUUGUGACGAAUCUUAAAACAGCUGCUGUGGGGCUCAGCUUAAGGCUGAGCAGGCAAGAAGGGCUUGGCUGUCUUGUGGCCGGCAUGGAGGAAUCCCAGUGGGCCUGACCAAGAUGACACAACUGAGUGCAUUGACUGAUCCAACUGUUUUUGGACUACAGUGGUGCCCCGCAAGACGAAUGCCUCGCAAGACGAAAAACUCGCUAGACGAAAGAGUUUUCAGUUUUUUGAGUCGUUCUGCAAGACGAAUUUCCCUAUGGGCUUGCUUCGCAAGACGAAACGUCUUGCGAGUUCUUGCGAGUUUGUUUCCUUUUUCUUAAAGCCGCUAAGCUGUUAAUAGCCGCUAAGCCGCUAAGCCGCUAAUAGCCGUGCUUCGCAAGACGAAAAAACUGCAAGACGAAGAGACUCGCGGAACGGAUUAAUUUCGUCUUGCGAGGCACCACUGUACAAUACCCAUCACCCUUACCACUGGUCCUGCUAGCUAGGGAUGAUGGGGGUUGUAGUCCAACAACAGCUGGAGACCCAAGUUUGGGACACUCUGCUCUAAAGGGUACCAGCCAUGAUGGUUUUGCUCAGAGCUUCUGAAUACCAGUUGCUGGAAACUGCAGGAGGGGAGACAGCUCUUGCCCUCAGGUCCCGUUUGUGGACUUCCUGUCUGGUUGGCCACUGUGAGAACAAGAUGCUGGCCUAGGUGGGCCAUUGGCCUGGUCCAGAAGGUUCUUCUUAUGGAACUCGUUCCCUCAAGAGGCAGUGAUGGCCACCAGAUUGGACGGUUUGGAAAGAGGAUUGGGCAGGUUCAUGGAGGAGGAGAGGGCUCUUGAUGGUUACCAACCAUGAUUGCUAUGUUCUGCCUCCCUGGUCAGAGGCAGCAAUACUUAUGGAACCAGAAGGGCCAUUGGCCUCAUCCGGUGGGCUCAUCUUAGGCUCUUAGGGGCCUCUUUCCUAACUGUUCACUGAGUUCUUCAAAACAUCCGGGCCACAUGAAGUGGGGAGAGCACACAGUUUGCACACUGUGUUCCUGGACAAGGAGAUCUCUCUGGGUAAGGGGUGGUUCCCUCCUGACCAGGACAGGUCAUGCUCUGAUGGCAGCGUCUCCUCCUUGCCUCCCUCCCACAAAAGUCUUGCUUGACCCAUGAGACACCUGCCUCCUCCUUCUCUUCUCUUCUCUCCCUCCCAGGCCAAGACGGGCAUCGUAAUGAACGUCAUCGGUGUCUUCUGCAUCACCCUGGCCAUAAACAGCUGGGGCCGCGCCAUGUUCCACUUGGACACCUUCCCUUCGUGGGCCAACGCCACCGGGAAGUGAGGGCCGGGUCAGCCAAAGAGGACCUUGGCACGUGGGCUUCCUCACCUCCUCAGCCGCCUGGGCCCUGGAACUUUCCCUCCAGCGCUGGCCCUUUGGAGUCCACGGGUGUGUUUUGGGUUGAGGCUAGAGACUGUUUGAAACCUGCCUCAACUGCUGCCUCUGCUGCUUCCUGAAGGGACCCUGAGGAGGACGAGGGACCCCCGCGGGAGGGGCGUCUUCUCCUGGGACCAGCCGUCCAAAUGGAAUACGGGUCAUUUGUUUUUAAGAGAAGAAAAGGACCGUAAAAUAGGACAAGGAAGAAGUUGCUGCUGCUGCUGCUGCCACUUUUCAUAGAAUCAUAGAAUUGUGGAGUCGGAAGGGAUCCCCAAAGGUCAUUUAGCCCAGCUCCCCUGCAACGCAGGAGUUGCAAGUAAAACAUUCUCCUUUGACUGAGGGAGUGGGGAGGUCAGAGGCUUGGCAAGACUCACAGCCGCUGAGGGAGAGCCUAGGGACUCCCACAGGCCAUGGGAACCAGGAUCUGCCUCCUUCCUCCCUCCCUCCCUCCUGCCUGCAGGUUAACCAUUGAAAAAAGAAAGAGACACAUGGAACAAAUACUUGACCCAGAGUCCAGCUGGGCAGGAGGCCCCACUCAGGUGGACACAAAGCACAUAGGAAGCUGCCUUAUACAGAGCCAAACCAUUGGCCCAUCUAGCUCAGUAUUGUCGACACUGGUUGGCAGCAGCGGCUCACCAGGGUUCUAGGCAAGGAUCUCUCCCAUCCUUACCUGGAGACGCUGCAGGAGUUUGAACCUAGAACCUUCUGCAUGCAAGGCCGAUAUUGUGCCACUGAGCAAAGGCCCAGAGCUUCCCCAGAUGGGACCUUGAAACAUAGGAGCCAACUCCUAGGGGCUGAGGUCCCUUCACCCUCCCCCAAUAAAAUAUCUGAGGGGGCAGGGACCCCCAAAGUUGAUGGGCAUUGCCAUUCAAAUGGUGUGUGUUCACCAUGCCAUGUGAUCGAUUAUGAAGGGCGGGGCUUACCUCCUCCCCACCCAUAUUUUAUUCAAGUUGGCCCUCUUGCCUUAGAGUGCCUUGUGGAAAUGACCCCUUUGCAGGCUCUAAGCCGGGAAGGUGGAGUGGCCACUGGGAUGGACGUGGGCAGGGAAGAGGGGUGGGGUGGGAGGAAAGGCAGAACAGCCAGAUUCUAAUACAGGUAGCCCUAAUAUAUUUAAUGUUGUUAUUUAAUUGCCUUAAAAUAUUAAUAAAGCACCACUUGUGUUUUGUAAAUUUUAAAUAAACUGCUUGUUAAUUCACCCCGAUGCCUUGGAAUGCAAGAGAGUCAGUGGUGCAUACAGCAGUUAGGGUGUCGGACUAAGACCUAGGAGAGACCAGGGUUCAAAUCCCCCACUCAGCUGACCUUGGGCCACCCACUGCCUCUCAGCCCAACCUUCCUUGCAGGGAUGUUGUGAGGAUAAAACAGGGCAGGGAAAAUCUGUGUUGCCACCUUGAGCUCCUUGGAGGAAAGGUGGGGUGUAAAUGCAACAAACAAACACCCACAAAUCAGAAAGGACCUCUGUGCUCCUCCAGAUACCGUUGUCAGGCUGCCAACUCCCAUCAGCCUCAGCAGCCAGCAGGACCAAUCGUCUGGGCUGAGGUGUGUGUGUGUGUGUGUGUGUGUGUGUGUGUGCACUGCCCUGCAAACAACAUCUGAAGGGGUCACACACGGGUUCCCCCUCAGGCCUGGUGAUGCUAUACUGUAGUAGGAGAAGAAGAAGAAGAAGAAGAGUUUGGAUUUGAUAUCCCGCUUUAUCACUACCCGAAGGAGUCUCAAAGAGGCUAACAUUCUCCUUUCCCUUCCUCCCCCACAACAAACACUCUGUGAGGGGAGUGGGGCUGAGAGACUUCAGAGAAGUGUGACUAGCCCAAGGUCACCCAGCAGGUGCAUGUGGAGGAGCGGGGAAGCGAACCCGGUUCACCAGAUUACGAGUCCACCGCUCUUAACCACUACACCACACUGGCUCCUACUACUACACUAAGCACCAAGUGACUGAAUCUUGCUCUAGAGAGUUUGCAGUCUUAAUGGGGAUGAUCAGGAGGAGAGGGACUGGGGCCAUUGAGGAUCGAGGGCAAAGGGCGUCUGGCAGGGGGUCUGCAGGGGCCUUCGUGACGUUGCCAUGGAUCCACAUCUUCCUUCCUUCCUUACGUCUCCUUACUCCCUGUGAAAAUGGGGGGUGGGGUGGGACUUUUGCUUGAGCCUGCAGGGCGGGUGGGGUUUUUCUGACAUAACUCUUGUGUGGUGUCUAGUGUCUGAGAUGCUUGAUAAAGACUAAAUAU